AUGGAAAUAGCCGCAGCAAGUUUUGUUUAUGGUAGGAUAAAGGAUUCUUCCAAUGUCAAGAGUCAAUACACGAUGUUGUUGAGUAAUGUAGACCAAAUGAUUAAACUUGUGGAAAAACUUAAUGCGCAACAAAAAGCUCCUGCUACUUAUGAGAAACUACUAAACCUUAGGCGUAGAAUUGAUAGGGAUUGGUAUGAAGUUCAAAAUAAUCGUUUAAAAACAAUGGCUAAUUGCAAUCAGCAUUCAGAAAGGAUAACCCAAUAUAAAAAUGACAUCGAAAAUGUCCGAAAUCAAUUAAUGUUAGAAGUAUCACUUACUAAACUUGCAUAUAAACUUAAUCUACAUCAAAAAGCUCCUAUGGCUUAUGAAGAGUUUCAAAGAUUGAUCAGAAAUUCGGAAUCAUUUUUAAAAGCCGCUGCUGUUUCGCAUAAAAUAAUAGAAUUGGAGGGAUCUACUGUAGAACUUAGCAAAGAUCUAGCCAAUAGUACAACCUUGUAUGUUGGAAAUUUAUCAUUUUAUACAACAGAAGAACAGAUCUAUGAACUAUUUUCAAAAGCAGGAGAAAUCAAAAGGAUAAUUAUGGGAUUGGAUAAAUUUCAAAAAACACCUUGUGGUUUUUGUUUUGUUGAGUACUAUUCACAUAAAGAUGCAUUAGAUUGUAUGAAAUAUAUUAAUAGUACUAAAUUAGAUGAAAGAAUCAUUAGAACAGAUUUAGAUCCUGGGUAUAAAGAUGGAAGACAAUUUGGAAGAGGCAGAUCUGGCGGUCAGGUUAGAGAUGAGUAUAGACAAGAUUAUGAUACAGGGCGUGGUGGAUGGGGACAUUUUCGUGCAAAGCAAGAAGCAGAACGUGCAAAAAGACAAAAAGAAGAAUAUGAAGCCAUUACUUCUAUUCCUACAGGUGCUGGUGAAUACAAAGGCAAAGGAACUACAUCAAGGAAACGUGAAAGAGAUAGUGAUGAUCAAGGGCAUGAAAAUCAACCUCGUGAAAAGAACCCACGCUUUAGAGAAGACAAAUCAGAUGAUGAGGAGGAUAGAAUGCAAACUGAUGUUUAA